AUGAACCCGCCUUCGCCCCUUGCGGCCGACGGUCCCAUCCUCGGCCUCGUCGGCCAAGAGCACCCUGCUGUGCCGCCCGGCACACCCCGAGUGAAAACGCCCGGUCGGCAAAGCACCCUAGAAGAUAGGAUGGAAGCCCUGCAGCGGGAAAUGACCAAGAUGCAGAAACACAACAAUAUCCUCUCCUCCAAACUGGAUGACACCCAGAAGCAGCUUCACGAGCAACAAUCACGUUCGGCCCAGCUGCAGGACGAUUUGGAACAAACCACGCAACUUCGGCAGGAAUGA